UCUAUCAGUCUAUCAGUAGGACGAUGGGGUCGCGAUGGUGCUUGUUGGUGGCGGUUCUAUGCCUCAAUGGAAGUUUAGCGCAAAACUCGUCCACCACAUACAGCAGAGAAGUCCCAUGGAAGUUGUCGUCCAUGUUGCUGUCAAUGGUCCCCCCCUUCGCCCCCAUCCACAGCAAUAACACACUCUGUAGGGAACACAGCAAGACCUAUCUACAGCAACUGGAUAACUUCGAAAUGUGGGCUUUGAAAAUGUUUGACGCAAACGCCAAACUACCUUCAGGGCUCCUAAACGGCAACAUAAACCAACUUGGGGACUUUGACCAGUGCUUGAGGUCGCAGCAGCCAGGAGGGGUGAUCAGAGGGCAAUACUGCCUUGCGUACAUUGAGGUGAAGCUGCGGCCAGGGAUGUCCCAGGGAGGGAUGGUGUCUGUGCUGCAUAAUCUCGUACACUCCCACAACGCUUUCCGCAGCAAUCUAGAAGAUCCUGGUCAUCGAGUUCCAAGGUUCUCUUCGGUCAACUGGGCAGUCUGCGUACCUGCCUCGUGCCCUCCCGAGGAAGUGGAACAAGCUCUCGCCUCAACUGUGGACCACUUCCUUUCUUCUCCCGAGCUGAUCAUCAGGGUGCGUGUGGACCCCUCCAUGUGUCAGGUCCAAAGUGACUCCAUCAUCCCUCCUCCAGCAUCACUCAUGGCCAUAGGGUUUUUUCUGGGUAUCAUGGGAGUGAUAGCGACGGCCACCAUCACUGACUACCUCAUCCAAGACAAGCGACACGUCACACGUGCCAUGGAGGUUCUCCUAGCGUUCUCACUACUGUCCAACAGUCGUAAGCUGCUCUCCCUCUCUGAAUCCCCAGAAGACAUCCACUGUGUUCACGGGAUCAGAGCCUUGAACGCCUUCAUGCUUCUCAUGUCCCACAAAUCCAUGGCUCUCUUCUUCAACCCCUUUGUGAACCGAACAGCCAUGGCUGAGGUUCUGGGCAAACCUUGGACAGUUAUUGCUCGGGCUGCCAGUCUUUACACAGACCCUUUCAUCAUGAUCAGUGGUCUCCUCACCACUUACAGUCUUCUUAGACAUCUUGCCCGCAAACGAUCCAUUGAUGUGCGCAAGGAGUACCUCUCUCGAUUGCUUCGUCUGGUCCCUACCCUUGGAGCCCUCAUCUUGUUCUGCACAUUUGUGAUGCCAAUCCUCGGUUCUGGACCUCAAUGGAAUUUGGUGGUCCGUCAUCACGCUGAGGUUUGCAAGACCACGUGGUGGCGCAACCUCUUAUUUAUCCAUAACUACUUCGGAUUCAAAAACAUGUGUUUGACACACACACACCAUAUUGGUAUAGACACACAGUUGUUUGCUAUAUCUCCAUUGCUGGUGUGGCUACUGUGGAGAUGGCCCCGCCAGGGAUUACUCUCCCUUUUCCUUCUUGGCUCAAUAUCCACAAUGCUGCGCUUCUACACCAGCUACAUCCGCCAUCUCAAUCUCUUUGUUUAUUUUGGUAAUCCCGUAUCACAGAUGUUUGAUACAGCCGAUUAUUCAUACAUUCUUCCAAGUCAUCGUUUUACAGUCUAUGCCAUGGGAGUCAGCUUGGGAUAUGGACUAUGGCAUUGGGGAACUGACUUCAAACUUAAAACUAGCCAAUUGACCCUGGGAUGGUUUAUUGCAAUCUGCAUGCUCUACCAAUCGAUCGUAAGCCCCGCAAAGAUGGGAGACCGUAACUACGUAUACAACAGACUUGACGCAGCCAAUUACGCAGCAUUCGCUCCAAUCACAUGGUGUCUGUUCUUUGGUUGGAUAAUAUUCACAUCACACACCGGAAAUGGAGGGUUCCUAUCAAGAGUCCUUUCAUGGAAAGGUUUCCAAGUGUUUACUAGGAUUUCCUAUUCCUUUUACUUGACACAGUUUCCAGUGUUUUUCUUCAACGUCGGUCAGACACGUACACCAGAAUAUUACUCUAUUACUUCUCUGGUUAAUUUGAAAGAGGUCUUGGUUAUCUUAAUAUCAUCAGCUCUUCUGACACUCACGUUUGAAAUGCCAUUUAUCAACAUAAAGUCAAUUUUCUUCAAGAGGAAUUCAUCGCCAAGAAUACAAAGUGAUGCUAAAAAGGCUGACUAGGAAGACUGAAGAAGUCUUCACUCAAGAGUUAGCUUACAAUCCAGAUGGAGGCAAUGCAUUGUAGUUAUCCAGAUCUCAACUAAGAGACAAGUUAUAUACUGAUAUUAGAUUAGACAUAAUGAAGACAAAUUAUUAGAUUGUUGCAAAGUGCUCAUAGAAUGUGAACUAUUGUUCUUUUAGAGUAGCUUUUCUAUGUUAGAUAAGUGUUAACAUACUUAGAAUUAAUGGCAGUGAUAUAUAUAUGAAGAAGCAAUUAAGUUUCAUAUCAAAGUAGUAUUCAGAACUAGCAGUAGAUGAAAAAAAUGCUAUUGCUCAGUUCAUAUACAUUACGCAAUCAGAUACGGCAAAAACGUUUUAUAAUAAUAAAACCUGUACAAAAAUUACCACUAACAAUCUCAAGGCAGAACUCUUUACUUUAUUUUAUUAAAUUCAGUACGUAAUGCAAAGCCUUAUCCUCAAAUCUUCAAAAAACACUUUUAAUCGUAGAAAAAUGGCUUAAAUAACAAUAUGAGUGGACACAGGUAAAAAAGAGGCACUAGAACACUCCCUAAUCGAACACCUCGAUUAGCCAAGGAUCGUUCUGUUUGAGGCCUAUCAAUGUGCGUGCGGAGAUUGCCAAUCAGAGAGCAUGUCACCACCGUGUAAAUGCUGAGGAAAUGCUCAGUGGACGGUAGAAAGCGGCAGAAAGCCUACAGUGAAUCUUGCCAACGCUAUAGUGACGACUUGCUCUCUAAAUGAUUGGUUGAUCUAACUUUUCUAUAUGAGUAAAAUCACAACUGUUCUCGAGGGGCACUCACUGUUUCGUUAUGUUUACAUUUAAAAAUUGCUAAAGCCUUGUUAAACAUACUCGAGAAGUAAGGAAUUGUCAAACUCUUCACUCGGUCGUGAAAAGUGGGAUUUGUAAGGGAAUUAAGAUCCUUUUGGGCGGUCGUAACAGUCGUAAUUAUUCCAGAAGAAACUAAAAAGUAGUGGUGUGAACCUGCAUUUAGAGGUUUAUUGUGAUUGGAUAUAUAAAAAGUACUUUGAGGCAGUUUAUUCUUUAAUUCAUAACAUGUCUUAUUUCACAGGAUAGUCAGAAUAAUACUUGGCUCUUCUAUCUAACUUUAAGGAUUUGAAUGUAUGAAAUGUGAUUUAGAUUAACUAUAAAUUAA